CGCCGGGGAGGUCCCCCAUCCGCAGUCAUGAGUCAUUUCAAGUUUAUCGAUAUUGGUAUCAAACUGAUUGACCCCAUGUUCAUAGGAAUUUAUAGGGGGGUUCAAAAGCAUCAAGAUAUGUUUUUCAGUACAGUUGGAUGUCAUCCUACAAGAUGUGGUGAAUUUGAAAAUAACCCUGAUCUUUACUUAAAGGAGUUGCUAAAUCUUGCUGAAAACAAUAAAGGGAAAGUUGUGGCAAUAGGAGAAUGUGGACUUGAUUUUGACCGACUGCAGUUUUGUCCCAAAGAUACUCAACUCAAAUAUUUUAAAAAACAGUUUGAACUGUCAGAACAAACAAUAUUACCAAUGUUUCUUCAUUGUCGAAACUCACAUGCUGAAUUUUUGGACAUAAUGAAAAGAAAUAGAGAUCGGUGUCUAGGGGGAGUGGUGCAUUCAUUUGAUGGUACCAAGGAAGGAGCAGCUGCUUUGAUUGACUUGGAUCUUUAUAUAGGAUUUAAUGGUUGCUCACUGAAAACUGAAACUAAUUUGAAAGUUUUGAAGUCAAUUCCUAGUGAAAAAUUAAUGAUUGAGACAGAUGCACCUUGGUGUGGAGUCAAAAGUAUACAUGCUGGAUCAAAAUAUAUAAAAACUGCAUUUCCUACCAAAAAGAAGUGGGAAAGUGGGCACUGCUUAAAAGACAGAAAUGAACCCUGCCAUAUAAUUCAAAUAUUGGAGAUAAUGUCAGCAGUGAGAGAUGAGGAUCCACUGGAAUCAGCCAAUACACUAUAUAACAAUACUAUUAAAGUAUUUUUUCCUGGAAUAUAAUUGGUAUAUGUCUUCCACUUUCCAUCAUGUAUGUAAAAUUUCAUAGUAAAACUUACUGAUAGUUUCAAUAAAGAAAUUAUCUGCAAACAAACAAACAAACAAACAAAAACUUCUAUACAUAACCAUCCAUAUACCUUUUCCAUAAUAUAGGGAAUUAUAAACUUUUUUCUGUGCUGUUUUUUUUUUUCUGAGACACAGUCUCACUCUCCCAGCCCAUA